AUGCUUACUAAAGCAAGUACAGUAUGCCUUGCGGUAUUUAUGUUAGCUUUAGCAACAACUUGCAAUGGAAAAUCAGUUAAAGAUUUCCUAGCACGAAAUUUUGACGACUCAGAUGAAGAAUCAACACUCGUUGCACGUGGUAC